AGUCCAAAAUAGGACAUCAAAAGUUUUGGUGACAAAGUUUGUCUGGUGGGAGAUCUGGCUCUCCUAAAAGCAAAUCACUUUAUUUCAUGUGUACAAACAGGAAAACAAGUGCAACAACAUCAUAGUAAUUGUUCCGAGACUAGAACUAUGUAGUUAUGGAGACAUUACCUCACAGUGUUCUACGGGCAGCAUUGGCCACAUAUAAGCAUUUUCGUCAUGAAGAUAGCUAUGCUGGGUUACCACCCUGCCUCUUGAGCUGCUUCCAGUGAAUGCUUCAUACCUUCACUUUAAUUUGUCUAAUAGCCUUAGCCAUUAACAAUAUUGGCUAUGUCAGAACUUACAUAUUCCCAUUAGAAUCCUUGUCCUGGCACUGGCUUGGUAAAUCAUUAACCCUGGAAAGUGCUUUAAGGUAGUUAGAUUAGUAGGUGAGGUCACUUGAAAAAGAAAAUCUGAUUUGAACCUCAGCUAUAUGCCUUGCCUAAUGUCAUGAUCUGUUUUCCCAGGAAAGAAAAUAGACUUUUCUUCUAUCCAAGAUGAAAGACAUACAAGUCACUCAUGAUACAUCAGCAGCCCUGCGAAGUCAAGUCCCUAAGAAGAAGGAGAAGACAGAGGAAAAAACCCAAAAAGAAGAUACACAUGAUGACCUCUCAAAGACACAGCAAUCUUCAGUACAUUUUUUGCCAGGUUUUGUAAAUUCAGAUACCACAACACCAUCACUGUCAUGGUCAUCGUCCAGUGAAAUACCCCCCAGUCAUAGCCCACCUAGCUAUCAGAUUAGUGGAGUGACAGCUGCACCGAAGUGUUCUAAAUCUACCUCACUGAACCGUCUCCAAUCAGAUAACAACUUAGCUUUCUUUGUCGCUUCCCUCUUUGAUUUCUUUGAAAGAAUCAACAGGUUUAUAGUUUCCAAAGAAAAAGAGCAGACUCUGUCAGUCCCUGCUUCUGAGCUCGCUGUGACUGGUGAAGGGGAGGAUUAUUUCCUAUCUUUGUUUGGUGAUUCAGAGAAACUCACUACACACUCAUUCCAUACCAACAAAAGUUGGAAGCACUUUUCUGUGAUUCUUGAAGAAGUGGGCCAUUGUAGAUCCAGUGCUUUUGGAGAUAUUAAAAUCGAAGAAGUGAAGGAUGCAUAUGUGAAACUCCAUAACUCUUCCAUUGACAAAGAACAGGAGAUUGGAAAUCAUAUUCUCCAGCAAAAUGUGAAUGGACAAGCAGUCUCUUUGUUCCGUUUCCCCCCAAACACCAUAAUGAAUGCCAAUUCCACAGUGACAGUCUGGAUAGCAGCAUCCAAAGCACGGCAUGAGCCACCAUCAGAUUUUCUUUGGAAGGGAGAAAACAACUUCAGCACAAGCCCAGUUUGUACAACAAUUCUGUGCAAACCUAAUGGUGAGGCCAUUGCCUGGUAUACUCCUAUUCACUGGAAGCAAGCAUGGGAGAAAUUAGAGACUGACAUUGAAUUUGAGGAAUACUCAGUGUUAAGUCCAACAUCUCAAAGGCACGUGUUCCAUUGGCCAAAAGCUGCAACUACAACUCAAGAAAAAUGUGAUCAACCUAAUAAAGAUAUCUUAAACUAUCAGAUAGAACCAGUUCCACAAUUUCUUAAGAGAGAAAAAGAAGUCCCACCAGCUCUUUUCCCCAGUCACAGCCCUUGGUGUGACAGUCCCAAUGCCCCUGCACAUCCCUACUGUCCUCUGAUUGAGCCUCGCAGUACCAGCACAGCUGGAUGCAGCUUACCUAGACCACGCAGGCCUCAACCAGGCCUGAUUCUGCCCUGGACGACAAUACCCAUAUCUAGCGAACAUAAGGAUGUCUGACCUGUCGCAGCCAGCCCUCAUCACACAGGAGAGGAAGCCAGCAGCACGCAAGAGGGUGGCUUCUUUUAGAAAAGAUAAUUCCUCUGGACUUUACUGUAACCAUUUCUUAAAGAAGGUGAUAGAGUUUGUGGACAAGGUAAAAUAUUUGUUUUUUAGACUGUUAAGAAAAAAACACUGGUCUAAAGCAAAACCAGCAGAGCCUUCAUUCUGUGCACAUGAAGUUUUCCAAUCAAUAAUUUCAGUCUUUUAUACCUUACCCAACUGUUGGGUCUACAACUUCUGUUAUUUCUGCAGAUGUACUUUCCAAAAGUACCUGUUACAGGAAUUCUAAAUCUUGUGGUCUGUUGAUUCACCAUGCUUGGAAUCUGUCUUCUUAAUGCAUGGGUUAAUUUAGCUUCUUAAUGACUGGCACUAAUAAACGAAGUUUCUAAGGAGUAACUAGUUGUGAGUUUUUAAACCUGCCUACACUUCCUUCAAAUCCAGCCAAGAUGGUCUCAUCUUCCUGUUUGUGAUGCGUAGGAUUUUCCCCAUGGAUAGGAAAUGAAGCCAAAAGUCCAAGAAUGUUUUAAUUAAAUAAUCUAAUAGAGUUUCUUUAAAAAAGCAUUCUCAUUUCUUAUUUUUAGUUUAUUCUAUGCUUAUCAAGAGUAUAGAAGUUGAGAAAAUAACAAAAUGUGCUCAUUUUUCAUGUUGACCCUUUGGGUAGUCAGAAGGUAUGAUUGCUUCAGUUUUUGAGAACAAAUACUUUCUAUAUCUUAUAGCUCUGCUUAAUUUAAUUUAACUUAACUGAUGUGUAUUUAUAUAGCAUAUGCAGGAAGAUGGGGCAUAUAUAGUCUUGAAAUGUGAGGAUGAGAAAAGUGAGACUUUUCCCCCAAUAUCUAUUUUUUAAAUAAAAACAAAUUAAUUGCAAAAUUAGCAUUGACCAUUGAACUUUUUUUAAUACAUAAAAACAUCAAGAGCAAAAGAUUAUUUUUAAAAAGUCAUGUUUGUGUCAAGAGAUGCAAACAUAUACUUGUAUACCAGUGUUCACGGCAGCAUUAUUUCACAAUAGCUGAAAGGUGGAAACAACCCAGCUGUUUAUCAACAGAUGAAUGGAUUUUUAAAAUGCGGUAUAUGCAUAUAACAGAAUAUUAUUCAUCUAUUAAAAAGUAAAAUUUUAAUAUAUGUUACAACAUGGAUUAUGCUUGAGAACAUUAUACUGAAAGAAAUAAGCCAGAUACAGAAUAACAAAUAUUCUAUGAUUCCAUUUCUCUGAGGUGGCCAGAAUAGACAAAAUCAUAGAAAUGGAAGGGGUAAUAGUAUUUAGUAGGGGUUGGGGGUAGGUGAAAUAGGAAGUCAUUGCUUAAUGGGUACAGAAUCUCCUUUCAGGAUGAUGAAAAAGUUCUGGUUAUAGCAAGUGAUGCUGGUUACACAACAUUGCAAAU